AUGGCUGACGAUAUUGAUGAUUUGUUGGAUGAAGUUGACCAAAAAUUUAUACAGAGAAAACCAGUAAAAUUCCAGCCAAAUAAUGAAAAUGCCGGUGAGAACAGAAAAAGAUUCAAUAAUAACCGAUCAGUAUCUUCAACAUCGAGUCGAUUACGCGACGACGAUGAGCUAAGUAGAAUGAUAGAAGAUAUUUGCAGUGUUGAGGAUGAAAGUGAUAUAGAAAAAAGAAGACGAGAAGUUAAUAAGAUAGCCGAAAAGAAAUCUGUUACAAAGCAACAAUCUCUCGAUUGCUCAAAACGGUGUUAUCAGGUUUACCUGGGUGGCAGUAAAAGUUUGAUCGGUUUAGCCACUAUUUCAUCUCAAAGAGCUUGCAACCAACUCCGCUGUACGGCCUGUGACUUUCGAGUCAGCUACUAUGAUGAUUAUGAAUGGCAUCAACGAUCAAAUUACAUCUUUUUUCGAAAUAACAUGCCAGAUUUUGAAAAAAUUCGGGUUAAUUUAUUACGUAAAUUAGGCACCCGAGCUUACGCAUGCCAAUGUUCCUGGAAGUCUAUUGCCGACGUAGUUCCUGUAGAUAAUUACACCGACUUAAAAUGGGUUUGUGGAAGACACCUUAAACUAUAA